GGCGGCGACGACGACGCCCCCGCGGCGUCGCCGCCUGAACCGCCGCCGCCUGAACCGCCGCCGCCCAUGUCCUCCGCCGACGCCGAGCGCGCGCGAUGGCACCCCGCCCUCGACGACCCCGCCCCCCCGCUCGUCGGCGAGUGGAAACGCCCGGCGCACGACGCGAACGCCGCGACGCUCUGCACGUCGCGUCGCGUCCGAUGCGACGCCGCCGCGCCGGGCGUCUCGAAGCAGCUCAUCCGCGCCGCGGCCCCGGGCGCGCUUUCGCCGCCCGAGGGAAGCACGUGCUACGCGCACUACGAGAUGUGGCAGCGCGACGACCCGAGCGCGGAGGUGUGGAGCACGCGACGCGAGUCGGAGCCGCGACAGAUCCAUCUCUCAGUCAACUACGCGGCGAAUCCGCGGUCGCGAGACAGGCACCACGCCGGGAUCGCGCGAUGCCUCCGCGCGAUGCGCGUCGGCGAGCGCGCUCUGUUCCACCUUCCCCCGGAGCUCGCGUACGGCGACGAGGGAAACUUCACGUUCCCCGCGGUGCCGCCGCGGUGCCACGUGAUCUGCGACCUCGAGCUCAUCGCGGCGCGCGGCUCCGCGGAAGAGCCGGAGACGCUACGCGCGGACAUGCUGUUCGAGGAGCGACUGGCGCGCGCGAGCGAGCACCGAAAGCGCGGGAACGUCGCGUUCGGGGAGGGAGGGGACGGGGACGGGGACGAGAAGGAGGCGAAAACGCGCGAAGCGCGCGCGGAGUACGAGAUGGCUCUGAGUUUCCUCACGGACGACAUGAUGAUGCAGCUCCCUCCCGGUCCCCACGCGGACGCCGCCGCCGCCGAGAAACUGCCCGCGCACUUGAACCUCUGCGCGUGCUUCUUGAGACUGGGGCGUCACGACGACGCGAUCGAUCAGGCGAACCGCGCGCUGAUCGUCGACCCGAAGUGCGCGAAGGCGUACUUCAGGCGCGGCGAGGCGCGGAAAGCGCUCGGGCGCGACGACGACGCGCGCGCGGAUUACGCCGAGGCGAACGAGCUCCGUCGGGGCGCGGGCGACGGCGAGGAUCCCGCGAUACGCCGCGCGCUCAGGGAGCUCGAUCGCGAGGACGCGAAGAGAGCGCGCGCGAGGAAGGAGGUGUUCGGGGGGUUGUUCGGGGCGGGGGCGGGCGCGGGAGGAGGAGACGGCGGCGGCGAAGUCCUUAAGGAACGGCGUUCACCACGCGAACGCGGUCGUAUGGGAACCAGUCACGACGGAGAGAAGACGCGCGGGGGGGAGGCGUCGCGGGGAGAGCGCUCGGACGGCGGCGGCGGCGUGUUCGGUCGCAUCGCGCUCGCGUUCGGGUUUCGCGGAUCUCGCGGCGCGAAGAGAUGACGCGUCUGUUUAGCGGCGCGACGUCGGCGCGAUGUGGUUGCCGGAGCGACGACGGACCGAAAUAAGCUUAGAACGAACGGAACCACAGCACCG